AUGGUGACAACAACACGUUCUGACGUGGACCAUCCUUCUGUGCCUACUGUUGAACUUGACCAAGUCCAACAAGGAACCAGGGAGUGCCAUAUAUGUGGAAUUCAUUUCAGCACCACCUCAAACUUGAGACGUCAUGAAAAAGAACAGCAUGAUGGACAAGAACCCAUGCUAUGCAUUGACCCCAAAAAUGGACUGUAUGUGACUACAAAACAUUCCCAUGGUAUUAGACUUCUUAUACAUGUACAGAAGUGUAUACCAGAACGACUGUAUGAUUGUGAAGUGGAUGAAUGUAGGGACUUUAUGAGCAUAGCUGCCCAAAGUGGAAACCCUGGUAAAGAAUGCUACCACCUUGAGAGGACCAGAAAAGCUCAUGCUUAUAUUCCACCAGCACCACUGAAAAACGAGUCUGUGAAAGAGAUGGUGGAAAAAGGACUCAUUUCAACAUGUAGGCAGGAAGAAUGUAUGACAGUCUACCAGCGUGCUAACUCAGAGGAAGUUGACUGUGUGUUUCCAAUUUUCUGGGGGGAACACAGUCUCUCUGAUAGAUACAUCUUCUUCUCAGUGUACACUGGUGAGAAGGACAGCUGGUGCAAGUUUGGGAGGACACUGUCAACAUUUGAUACUAAAACAGGUAAAUGGCACUGCCAGUGUAUAGGCUCAAAAAACAGAAUCAGCUGUAUACAUAGAUACUUGUCUAUGUGGUGGCUGUUCCAAGAGCAUCCUCACUUGGCCAAAAAUGCAGUAGAUACCUCAAAUGAGGACAUUGAAGACAUAAUCUGGGCUGCUUGA